AUGUCACAAAAGUUACACUUAGCUUUACUAGUAUGCGACACACCAAAGCAACCUGUUGUCGAUAAAUAUGGAGACUAUCCAUAUAUGUUUGCCGAAGUAUUCGACAAGGCCCGCGAGCCCAAUGUCGACAUUACAUGGGAACAUUUUGACGUGGUUCACGCGAUGCAAUACCCUUCUCUAGAAGACCUGAAGAAUCACAAAUUCGACGGCAUUGUCAUUACUGGCUCGGCUUAUUCUGCUUACGAAAAUGACGAAUGGAUUUUGAAACUCGUGGAUUUCGUCAAGCUUAUGCGAACGGAGCCUUAUCGAUCCACCGUGCGAAUCAUCGGCGUCUGUUUCGGUCAUCAAAUCCUUGCACGCAGCAGUGGCGGAGUCUGCGAAAAGAAUAAGAAUGGUUGGGAGCGUUUGAAUCAAGUGCACCAAGAUCAUAUACCCGAUCUGCCGGAUGGAUUCCACAGUCUGGCAACAACAGCUCCGCAUACUGCUAUUCAUGCAUUAGUGUCUGAUGAUAAUCAGUGCCUCACGAUCCAGGGUCAUCCGGAAUAUAAGCGUGGAGCUGUGGAAAUGCUAUUGAAGAUCAGACAAGAGGCUGGCAUCCUUACCAAAGAAUUUGCAGAAGAACAGCUUGAAAAGCUCAGAACGGAAGGCCCCGAGAUGGAGGACAUUUGGUUAAUACAGCGCUUCAUUGAUUUCCUCCUUGGAAAGCUUGCCGUUGAGCCCAAGGACUAUGUAGAUCCUGACACCGGUAACCCUUCAGGACCCAAUGUGAAAAUCGGUAACGAUUAG